CUCUCUAGUAGCCGAUUAACAGACUGGAGAGCUGUUGCAAAAAAUCAGAGAACGAGAGCAGAAUACUUGAUAAUAAAUGAAACAGCUUGAAACAACUGCUGUGGUGAAAUAUGUUUAAAAUAUUUGCUGGUUUUCUUGAUUCACAAACUGUUCUCCCGCUGUGUGAAUGUAUGGUUAAAGUUUAGGUGGAAUCUUUAUAGAAAAUAUUUAUUUAUUUUAACAGUUAAUCUAAAGACGUUAUUCUUAAUACUGAAAGUGGAAAAAACAACAAUGUCAUUAAAUAGCGUAUAUAAAGCAACAGCGGAUUAUUUUUGGAGUAAACGUUUUCAUUGAAUUUUAUUGCAAUAUGAAAUAAUGGCGUUAAAGUAAAUGUGUGAUCAUACGCUAAAUAAAUGUAUAUUUCAGAUGUAGAUUACGCUUUUUGUUUAGUAAAUCGGUAUUGUUUAUUGAAAUUUGAAAUAUACUUUGAGAUAUAUAAUCAACGAUGUCUGGAUUAUCAGGAAUCGGAAUGUUUUGGGCAUUUUUGUCUUUUAUUUCCUCGGUGUUAAUAUGCAUUGGAUAUUUUUUGCCAUACUGGAUAUCUGGACAAAUGUAUUUUCAAUUCAGUGGAAAAUCUGAGCAAACUAUUCCCGUACAUUUCGGUAUUUUCCGACGCUGUAAUUAUCCAGCAAUAAGUAAAGAUGGAGAGCUUACUAUGAUACUUGAAUGUGGAAAAUAUACGACUUUCUCGGACAUUCCAAGCACAUCAUGGAAAAUAGCGACUCUUGUCAUUGGGUUUGCGUGUGGUAUAUGUCUUCUUGUGUCAUUAACGGCAAUGUGUGGCCUUUGUGUUAAUGGUGUUAUAGUUCCGACGGUAGCGCGGUCGGCGGGAAUUCUUCAGAUAUGUUCAGGUCUGCUCAUGGCUGCAGGAGUUGGUAUAUAUCCAAAUGGUUGGAACAGCCCCGAGGUUCAACAAGCUUGCGGAAACAGUUCAAAAUCUUAUAGUCUUGGUGAUUGCUCUUUGUCUUGGUGCUUCUAUAUAACCUCUGUUGGAAUAGGAGUUACUUUAGUUUGUUCAGUUCUUGCUUUUCACGCGCCAAAACGGAAACACGUCAUUACCGGAUCUGCGCUAUAGACAUGCGUCUUCGGAAGAGAAACAAAAUUAUGUUGAAUGAUAUUGUAAGGACAUAGAAGUGAUCUCAAUUUGAUUUUCGUAUAUUGUUAUCAUAUUGGAUAUGUUGAAGCAAGUCUUUGAAAUGACUGACAUAGAAGUAAAGUGUUUCACAACACAUGGACAUGUGUAUCACAAAAUAAGUCAUUUUUGCGGACUGUUUAAAAAGAUCAAAACAGACGCCAUAUAUUGAUCUUUACAAGAUCAUUACAUAUCCUAUCACAUUCCUGCUUUAAGGGAUAAAGAUCUAUUCUACACGGUUUUACACAUGAUCAUCAAACAUGUAAAAAGUUUUCUUAAUAACACAAUUUGAAUUCGCUUGUUAUAUGUACAUGCUAACAUGGAUGAAUUAAUCUCUGGUCAAAACAAUUACUCACUUACUAAAGUACACAAUAGUGUUUUUAAAACAGGUUAAUUUAAAGAUGCAAAAAAAAAUUAAUUUAAUUGUCCUACACUGCUACUUCCGCUUAAUUAUAUCAACUUCCGUUCUUCAUAUAAUGAGUUUAAUAUAUUUAAUGUUACAUGCUCAAUUUCUCUUCAAAACCCUUUUGAAAAAUGUUUAGUUUUCAACUAAAUACAUGUAUAUAGAUGCAAUAAUUAAUUUUUUGGAAAUGUAUGGUCUAUUUUUUCACGACUUUUGUGCGUAAAUACCGGAUAUAUUUAAUACAAUAUUUGUACAGGAUAUACCCUAGGUAUUUCUUUGAACGUUAUUUCAUUAUUCGCAUACGAACACAUGGUAGUGCCUACAACAUCUCGUAUCUUUCUCUGUUUUUAUUUAAUGAUUGAUCCAGCCUUUAAUACACAGGGAAUCCGAACCCCUAACUUUCAAAAAAACUAUGAAGGUCAUAAAAAAAGAAAUUGAAAUAGGUAUUUAACCCACAAGAAGAUAUGUUUUGACAAUAUCAUUCUACAUGUAAGUCGAAAAUUCUAACCGUUUUGAUGCAUAGAAUUAUACGCAAUAUUAAAUGAAUGUCGAACUAUUCUGGUGAUCAGACGCUAUCAAACAAAGUCAUGUCAUGAAAGAGUUUCAUUUUACAUGCCUAAUUUAGUUUUUGCUUUACGCAUAAACUUGAGGCAAUGUUCUUAUAAUAAAGUAUAUGGUACCAAAUUGUCGAGAAUGCACGCAUUUGUAAAUGCAACAUGCAUUGUCUUAUCCCAUCCAUCAUAACCAGCAGCAGUUUUUUCAUCAAUAUCCAUUUUUGUCCCUUAAAUUUGUAGAAUGAAACACGUAUCCCUGUUUUUCCUCAAUUAGCAUUAACUUCUUUUCUACAUUGUCCAUUUAUCUGAAAUCAAUACGGAAUGUAUGUAAAAGUAUUGUUGUUGCUAGCAAUUAACAAACUGUAUUUUACGCCAGCAUUGAGUAUAUUGCUAUCAGUGAAAGAACUGUUAUAUAGAGACACAUUCAGUGCCUGUCAUUUUAGUAAUUACCAAUGUGUGUACUAUUAAUCACUAAAAUGUGAUAGGUACAAGCUAUUAUAGAAUAAGUGCUAUUUAAGAUUGUGGUAAUUAAUUAUAUUUAUACCAUUGCAAGAUCAGUUUUUUAUUGAAUAUUAAAACCAAAUUAUUGUAUUUUAUUCUAUUUGCAAUAUUAAUUUCAGGUAAAUGUGUGUAUGAAACUUAUUCAUUCAUUAGUUCAUAUAAAAUUGAAAUAAACUUUUAUGUUAUUUAUUGCCCGGAUAUGCAUCAUAGGUUAGGUACCUGAGAAGGCAAUCACUAUUCUAGAAACAACUGUCAUGAAUAUAAAUAAUAGGAAAUAUA